CUUGCCGCUCCUCCACAAUCAGCAAGACGUUAAUUGCUUGUUCAAGCCUCCAUUUCUUACAUUUUUCCCUGUUGUUCUUGGAUCGAUUCUGAUCUUCGUUUUUAACAAUGGCGGAUACUGAAACGUUCGCCUUCCAGGCUGAGAUUAAUCAGCUCCUUAGUCUGAUUAUCAACACGUUUUACAGCAACAAGGAGAUCUUCCUUCGGGAACUUAUUAGCAACGCCUCAGAUGCUCUAGAUAAAAUCAGGUUUGAGAGCUUGACCGACAAGAGCAAGCUUGAUGCCCAGCCUGAACUCUUUAUCCACAUCAUUCCUGACAAGGCAAACAAUUCCUUGACGAUUAUUGACAGUGGUAUUGGAAUGACCAAGGCUGAUUUGGUGAACAAUCUUGGAACCAUUGCAAGAUCUGGGACCAAGGAAUUCAUGGAAGCCCUUGCAGCUGGUGCUGAUGUGAGCAUGAUUGGACAGUUCGGAGUUGGUUUCUACUCGGCCUACCUUGUAGCUGAAAAGGUUAUUGUUACCACCAAGCACAAUGAUGAUGAGCAGUACGUAUGGGAGUCCCAGGCUGGGGGUUCAUUCACAGUCACCAGGGACACCUCUGGUGAGAAUCUUGGCCGAGGUACGAAAAUUACUUUGUACCUCAAGGAAGAUCAACUUGAGUAUCUUGAAGAACGCCGUCUCAAGGACUUGAUCAAGAAGCACUCCGAGUUUAUCAGCUACCCAAUUUCUCUCUGGGUUGAGAAGACCAUUGAGAAGGAGAUCUCUGAUGAUGAGGAUGAUGAGGAAAAGAAGGAUGAGGAAGGCAAGGUUGAGGAAGUUGACGAAGAGAAGGAGAAGGAAGAGAAGAAGAAAAAGAAGAUCAAGGAAGUUUCGAACGAGUGGUCCUUGGUGAACAAACAGAAGCCCAUCUGGAUGAGGAAGCCAGAAGAGAUUACCAAGGAAGAGUAUGCUGCUUUCUACAAGAGCCUUACCAACGACUGGGAAGAGCACCUUGCUGUGAAGCACUUCUCUGUUGAAGGUCAAUUGGAAUUCAAGGCUGUCCUCUUCGUUCCCAAGAGGGCUCCUUUUGAUCUCUUUGACACAAAGAAGAAGCCAAACAACAUCAAGUUGUACGUUAGACGUGUGUUUAUCAUGGACAACUGUGAGGAGUUGAUUCCUGAAUAUCUUGGGUUCGUUAAGGGCAUUGUUGAUUCUGAAGAUCUUCCCCUCAACAUUUCCAGAGAAAUGUUGCAGCAGAACAAAAUUUUGAAGGUCAUACGCAAGAACUUGGUGAAGAAGUGUCUCGAGCUCUUCUUCGAGAUUGCUGAGAACAAGGAAGACUACAACAAAUUCUACGAGGCCUUCUCCAAGAACUUGAAGCUUGGAAUCCACGAGGACUCUCAGAACAGACCUAAGAUCGCUGAACUUCUCCGUUUCCACUCCACCAAAAGUGGUGAUGAGUUGACCAGCCUCAAGGACUACGUGACGAGAAUGAAGGAAGGACAGAGCGACAUCUUUUACAUCACUGGUGAAAGCAAGAAAGCCGUAGAGAACUCUCCUUUCCUUGAGAAGCUUAAGAAGAAAGGGUACGAAGUUCUGUUCAUGGUUGAUGCAAUUGAUGAGUAUGCAGUUGGUCAACUAAAGGAAUACGAAGGCAAGAAACUUGUAUCAGCAACAAAGGAAGGUCUGAAACUGGAUGAGAGUGAAGAUGAAAAGAAGAAAAAGGAAGCUUUGAAGGAGAAGUUCGAGGGUCUUUGCAAGGUGAUCAAGGAUGUUUUGGGCGACAAGGUGGAGAAGGUUGUGGUUUCCGACCGUGUUGUUGAUUCUCCCUGCUGUUUGGUGACCGGUGAAUACGGAUGGACAGCCAACAUGGAAAGAAUCAUGAAGGCUCAGGCAUUGAAGGACAACAGCAUGGCUGGGUACAUGUCGAGCAAGAAGACCAUGGAAAUCAACCCGGAGAACCCUAUCAUGGAAGAGCUAAGGAAGAGGGCGGACGCAGACAAGAAUGACAAAUCGGUGAAGGACCUUGUGCUGCUCCUUUUCGAGACCGCACUUCUGACAUCAGGGUUCAGCCUGGAUGAACCCAACACCUUUGGGAACAGGAUCCACAGGAUGUUGAAGCUGGGACUGAGCAUUGAUGAGGAGGACGGUGCAGAAGGUGAUGCGGAGAUGCCCCCUCUUGAGGACGCUGAUGCUGACGCAGAGGGUAGCAAGAUGGAGGAAGUUGAUUGAUUUUGAAGUGUUUGUAUUAGUAGAGGAUGGAUCAUCGAAGGGGAAGGGUGUUCGAAUGAGUGUUUUGUUUCCAAUCUUAUAUAUUAGAAGAUUUGUUUUGUUUCUGAUUACAUUGGGUUGGUUAUCAUAUUUCACUCGAAAUGCAUCAAGUGUGCGUUUCCUUAAAUAUGAGAAUCCAUUAACGACGUCGGUUGUUAUAUACGUCUUAUUAUAUGGACGUCUUGCAGUC